UGCUAGCUGUAGAACUACACAUUCAGCGUGUCUCACAGUUUGUUGUUUAACUGAACACUGUUCUCUGGUUAGUUUUGCAGGUUUGCAUCCAGCUGUAUGAUACUCUGCUGUGCAAAUCCAUGCAAAACUGACUGUGGCAGUGACAAGUCAGUCAGUAAAUGCGGACAAAUUGUACCCCUUUCUACACAGGUUGGGAUCAGUUGCAAUGCUGUGUGUUUCUGUGGUAUUGCACUUGUCCCGGCCUGUUGAGGUUGGUGGGGAUAGAGGCUGAAACACUUCAUAGCUUUAAGGAAUUUCUCCCUCCUUCACUGAUCUGGGAAACUGUAAAACCUUCAGUUUCUUUUUUGGAAAAAAAAAAAUUAUGUAACUGUCUGUGUAACUAGACUUUCAUUUUCUGUACCUGGCUUGUUUGUAUGCAUUGGAUUUGUUGCUGAUAAUAAGUAUUUGCUGAAGUCCUUGAGUGUGAGUUUUGUUUUCCUUUCAAAAAAGGUUGUUAUGAGCUUUCUAUUAAACUGGGGUGGAUACUCCUUUACAAUUUCUUCUCCAUUAAUUUGUUGGGAAGAAAUGGGUUGUAAGCAUCAAAAAAUCCUGAUGAAAACUUAUACUUGUACGCUGUAAGCUUGUUUCUCGAAAUUGAAUUACAUGAAGUGUUCUUUAGCUUUCUUUUGUACUGCUUUUUAUUAUAUCAAAACUGGGGAUGUUCUAAUGGGCUUUUAAUCUUCGUUCUUCAUCUGGAAUUUGUCAAGUUCAAACAUAGUAAAGGAGGCUACAGGCAGGGCCUUAAUCAUGCACCACUUGUGGAAUCUUUAAUACUAGUUAGGUGUCCACUUCUUGUGAAGCACCCAUGUUGGUGGUGAGUCUAACACUAGUCAGCUUGCAGGCUUUGGAAUAAUGUGAUUAGGAUAGGAUGCAUAGCAAUGAAAGCAGAAAAUCUCUAAAGCUAUCUGAAAAGCUCACCCAUACCACUGUUUCAAAAAGACUAAGGCUGAUUGGGGAAGACUAGGUACCUGGCUUCUUUAUGAAGCAUAAGUAUAAAAUCUGUAAGCGGAGCAUUUGGCACAUCUAGUUUUUUGAAUGGCCCACAUGUUAGUAAACUGCACUUCUUGCUCAAACAUCAAUGGCUUUCUUUUCUAAGACAGGCUUCCUGAGAAAUAAUGCUGUAAAUUCAGACAAGUAUCAAAUUUGUUGCUUAAACUGCCAAAAUAUACAAACUAUGCUCGUUUUAAAAAGCUUUUGUGUUAGAAAAAAUAAGGGUAUGUGGGUCAGUGCUGCCCUUACUUGCUGUUCUUGCCUCAAAUUAAAACAGCAUUAACUUGUUGUUUCCAAGGCAGUGCUUUCCAGAGUCAGUCAAUGUAUGCUGUGGUGCUGCAUGGAAUAUUACUCCAUUGUGUAGCAAAAUGUUGGAGAUCGAGGUGGAUUUGGCAUCUAUAAGUUUUAUUUCUGAAGUAGCUAAGCCAACUUAAUCUUUAACUACGUGCUACUCCACUUCCACCCCUUUUACUCCUAUCCAAGGAACUUGGAGUAGGUUUCUUACACGAAACACUUUUUUCCCAAGCUUAAAAUUUUCUUUAGGCUUACAGAUAAGAGGAAGCUUGUCUCAGUGAAGUCACCAGGUGAAGAAGUCACGCGUCUCAUGUCCUGGUUGCUGUUCAGUAUUUUUUUUUGCAGUAAUUUGUUAGUACUAACAGGCUUAUCUCCCUUUUUUGAAUUUGAAAGCAGCAUUCUUAGAAGUUGAAAUGCAGGAAUUGUUUUAAUACAUGGUGAUGGUUAUACUGCCAUUCAAGCAUCCCAUUUUUUUUAACUUCUUGAAGAUGCAUCUUAGACAACAAAGCUUGUUAAAAUGGAGCACUCAUGGAAGUGGUUUUUAUACUCAUGGAGUCUGAAAUUGUCCAUUAGAUUUGUUGGAGAGUACCUACCUAGUUUUAAUACCUUUGUGUAAAAAAAAAAAAAAACCUGUCACAAUUACUACUGUUCCCUUCAUUUAAUCCUUUAAUUGCCCUGCCUGAAAAAAAAAAAUGCACACAAAAAAUGUUGCAAGUCUGUGAGGAAUAAUUUUAUAACUUAUCUAGCGUUUUAAAGACUUAGCCAUGCUUUGUCAAGGGGUAAUUAUAACAAUGUCUUUGUAACUGUAAUAACAAUCUUAGGUGCAUGCUUUCAAUACAGCUUUGUCUUACUAAUUGUGAAAUGUUACCAGAAGCUUGUCCCAUGAUUUUUAUUUUUUUUGAGGAAAAAUUUAAAUCUACCCUAGGAUUCAACCCAUUCCGACAGAUCGGUAGCUUUCUGAUGGCUAUAUAGUAAGUCACAUCAAGUUCUGUAAAUCAUUUCUCAUUUUUUCUAUUGCUAAACUCCACAUAAAUAAUUGUUUUUCAAUAUAUAUUAGCUUCAGUGAAGUGGAGGCAUUAAACUAGUUGAAUGACAGUGUAGUGUAAGAAAUAAUGCUGCUACAAAGAUCAUUUGGCUUUAAUAAAGUAAGUUGAGAGCCCUGUCACUUCUCUUUCUGUAAAGGUUGACUAGAAUGGAGUGGUUAGAUGAAACAAGCGCCAGUUUAAGAAGUGUGUGGAAAUUAUAUUUGAAAUACCAAAAUAGGUAGUUUCUGCAGAUGUGUUCAGAUGUUUCUUAAAACACUCAUGUGGAUGGGAAGCUUAUUUUUCCUGCUGGUACAGGUAAUCAUAUUUUUCAAGCGAUCUUCUGCUAUGAAUUAGUUUGAGCCAUAUACACUGAUGUAAGCUUACGACUAGUGAAGAUAAGCCUGCAGAAAUGUUGAGAAAUUUUAUAAAAUGACUUUUGAGUUUGUAUUAUGCAGGAAGACUGUAACUUAGUCUGUCUUGCUGCACAAAAAAGUAAGAAAUUCCAAGCAGUAUUAAUUGCCUGGAGUUUCUAGCAUGAUCGCAGUUAGCCUUAUAAGGAAAACCUUGUCUGUUAAUCAUAGAAAACUUUUCUCUAUACGCUCCUAGUAUAUGAAAGCAUGAUGGGAAAUUAUGCGGCUUUUUCACUGAUUUGUCACUGAAUGAUACCGAGAAAACAGUUCUUUAGAACUGACUUUCUUGUGUUGACUUGCAAAUAUCAAAGCAACUAGUGAGAUGACUGUCAGGAGCAGACAUUUUGAGUAAUAGCUAGUUCAUAGUCAUUAAAUGAACAUAAAACUAGAGGGGGACAUCCCCUGCUGUGGCAGCAUGGAGUUGUCUCUUCUGCAUAGCUGACGUUAUCAUGAGAAACUGAACAGAGCACUUGAUGUUCUGUUUUUCUCUAAUUCUAGUCUUUGAAGUACAUCACAUCUCUUCCUGUAGUUUGUAAAUGAUGUCUUCAAGUCUCACUUCAAGACCUGAAGAUUUCUUCAAAUCAGGGUUUGUUUCUGCACCACCUUCUGUCACUAGAAUUAAUUCCUGCAGCUUUCUCCCUCAAAUGUUUGGGUUUAGUAGCUUCAGAAUAAUUGAUGCAAAUAUUAUUCACUAGGUAAAAUACGUGUUAUUUGAUGGAGGAGCUAAAGCAGCUGAUCGUAAAGCAGUGGGCUUGCAUCAUGCAUUGGUUCUUUAUCGCAGCCUUGCUAUGGAGUCUGCAGUUCUGUUCCUAAAGAAUCUUCAUUUCUGGUCAGUGGCUUGCUUCAUCAAUUUAUUUAGGAAUAGGUUUAGGUAAGAAGGUACUGAAAAAUGUUAAAGGUCUGAGGUUAUCUCUAGUCCACUGAGUAAAUACUUCUCUUACCUUGCUGAUGGAUUAUCUGCUGCGCUUGUCUUCUACUUCUGUGUAGCAAUUUUAACAAGUAUCUGUCUUGAUUCAGUUGGUGUGUUGAACAGGAGAAGAAUAGAGAAUGAUGCCUGCUUAUGUGUAUGAGAAUUGUUGGUCUGGCAUCACCGAGACUGGAAAUGAGUUCCCACCCUAGCAUCAUAUCAUGUUGCCAGUUCUGAAGCUUCUGGUUGCAGGAGGUACUUUGGGACACACAGAACGACUAGGAAACGUUGGGUGAACUGUGUGGGUUAUGUUCAUCCACAUACGAGGAUGUUAAUACUCUCCAGCCAGGAAUCAUACUGCCUGUAAGAAGCUCAAAUGCUGGCCUGGUGAGUAGAGACAAAAAGUUGUAAAACUGAAUCUUUGCUCAGUUAUUCUAAACUUUCCACCUUCCUAAGAAAAAAGUGUUUAACUCUUACUGUUAAACAAAACUAUUUUUCUGUAGCAUCCCAAAACGAUUUAAUGGGUGAACAGUUCUGUGAGUUCAGUCUCCUUUCAGGCUCACCUGCUUUUCAGGGUGGGGUGUUUUUUCAUUAUCCUUAAAUUGCCAGGGUGACAUGACACAUGGGUAAUUUAAGUGUAAGUAUCCAAAUACAGAAAGCUUGGUUACAGCCACAUGCUGACUUCUUCAGGCUCUUUAGGAACUGAAUCAGGUUCUAUAAAUAUGUAGCAAACUGUGUAGACAGAGCCAUAAAAGCAAAUAGCUGUGAUCUGUGUAGCCUUAAAUAUUUUUCUUUGACUUGAGGAGGUUAGUAUUUCUGUUCAUCACUGAAAAAAAUACCACUGAUUUAUUUCAACCACUGUAAAUUAGAUCAGGUUUAGGGAUCACUGAGGCUGUGGGAAGGCAUCUCCAUAGUUCAUGUUCUUAAUGGUUCUUACCUAAAGCUAUCUUAAUGCAUGGAUUGUUGCACAAGGUUGGUGAACAGAGGUAGCUGAGACCAUUUUAACUGAAGAAAUGCUCAUUUUGGAGAUGAGUGUUCAGCGCAUGUUUGGGGUUCAGGCUGGCUUUGAUUGCUGCCAGCUCAUCUAGUUGAUCAGUGCUAGCUAGUGCGUAGCCUGAGCCCUUAAUGGUGUCAUGCUGGAAAGUGAAGUUACUGAAGUAUGUCUUUGCUCUCCUGAGUUUGGUUGAGGAGAGGUGUGUUACACAGAGUCUGACCUGAAGAUAAGUGAUGGCUGGCCAUGUCCUACUUACAGUAGAAAUACACAGGCCUGCUGGAAAAAUGUGUGAUACUGCCUGGGAGAUGGGAGGAGAUCAAGGAUGCCAUUGAAGGGAGGGUAGAUGAAUACAAGAAUGGACAGGGAAAAGAAAAAGCUCAGUUAAAGCAGGAGGCUACUAUAACUUGUGUUAUUUAAUAAUUGGUAUUUUCUAUGCCUUCUGUGCCGCUGUGACUGACAAGAAUGUUAGAACGACUGUCCUGCUGUGGGGCAUGUCAGCAGUUUGGAUAGAAAUGGUCUGCGUUUUAACAAUGGAUAAGACACCAUGCAACAAUAAGAAAUCCUUUGGGUGGCAUGUUAUAGAAUCUUUAAAAGGUUCCAGAUACCCACAUCUUUUAAGUGUGUUUAUUACAGUUCCCUUCCCUGCUAUAGAAGAAAUCUAGCUAGUUCCUGUUUAGUGUACUUCUCUAGUUUUUUUUUACUGUCCUCUCUGCAGAGCUGUAAAAUAUGAGCACUUAGGAAGUACUGAGUCACCGAUUACUUGUUUUGAUAUGUGCAUCUCUUUUUUUCCCCCUCCUUCCCAUUCCCGCAUAUACACAGUAUGUUGGCAAAGGCCCAUACUUUUUGUGGGAAAUCAACCUUUACUCCAGUUUUCCAAGUAUCCCCUUAAUAUUUUAAAGGCUAUAAAUACUUUGAAAUAGAAAAUAUCUACACGGUAAACUCUAAAGCUCUACAGGCCUUCCUAUUUUUUUUUUUUCCUAAAGACUAAAAAUAUGGCAUCCUGAAAAAGCUUUUUUUCAAGUAUCUAAUCAGUUCAUUAUAAAAAUCAGUGCUAUUAGGUGGCUCAUCAGAUUUCUUCUUAGUGCAGUAAAAAUAAUGAAACAAAAUAGUGAAACAUUGGCUUAUGGAAAGCUUUCAAAAUACGAAGUGUGAACUAUGUAAGUAUAAAAUAAAAAGAUAAAUACAUAGUUGAAUAGGUAAGAGUGCCAUUGUCUAUGAUGAGCUCUGCUAAUUGGUGGAUUACCAACCUCUAGGUAAAAACUCCCUAAUUCUUAUCUAGCAAAAGCUUUUCAGUGAGAGCAUGCUCACUGAAACAGUACUGACCAUUGUUUUCAGUGAAAUCUGGUAUGUAUAUAUGAGAUGCAGCUGCAUAUUUCCUUUACAUUAAAUAGUUCCUGAUACAGCAUAGGAUAGUAAGCAAGGUACUACUCAGAUUCUGAAAGGACAUGUUCAUCAGUAUUAUCAGAUAAAGAAUGAAAGCAGGCUGUGACUUAUGUAUCUGUAUGUCUUGUAUAAAUGCUGUUCCGAUACAAGUCAUGGAAACUCCUCAAAAUUGCAUUAUGGUUCCUUUCCCAAGGUCUGUGGCAGGAAAUGGUCCCUCUUAGCACUCUGUAACAGAGUGCCUCCAUUUAAACCAUCGCAUAAAAACUCUGCAAGUUCUUAGUGCAGUAUAAUAUUGCACAGGGUGCUUAACUUCCAUGAGCAAGUUUUACCUAUCUGUGAACUAUUAAGUCCUUAAGUUGUCUCCAGUCUGAAGGUUUUUAGCAUUCUGUGUGCUCCUUAUAUUUUCCAUUUUUUUCUAGUAGAAAUACAGCCCAUGUCCUAUAGAAACAACUUGCUAGUGUUUCUGAGAGCGCUGGACUGGAUUUCUGUGCAGGUGAGUAUGCUCUAAGAACUAGUUAGGUGUUACGAAGCUCAAGCACGCUUACUGACAUACUUGCAAGAAUACACGUAGAGAGAAUUUUAGAGUUGUCCUGAGCAACAAACAUACCAGAGGUGUUUGGAGUACUAUCAACAGUCAGCCUGUGAGCUUGCAAACACUCUGACUUUGUGGCAAACUGGGACUGGAGGUGGUAAAAACAAACAAACAAGCCCAACCCUCUAAUUCUGUUGAUGUGCUUUAAUAUCUGUGUCUGGAGAAGUGGAGAAGUAGUUCUUUCCUGUUCUCCCAACUCAGGUAUCUCCGUCUGCAGAAAACCCAGUGAUCUGAGGUGAGAUCAAGUGGUCAAGCUAUGAAUACAUCCUAAUGGUCGGUGUCUGAGAGGGUGCUUCAGCAGGAUAGUGAAAGCAGGUUCUGCACAGUGAGACUGCAUGAGCAAUCUGUAACAGGGGUUAUUCACGCAGGUCGGUGCAAACAAAAGUGUGUUCUUUGUCUGACCAGGCCUGAGUCAGCUCCUCUUUGAAGCUGAAUUCUGAGUUAGGAUGUUUCUUUUUACUUCUAUUUCCUAGCAACUCAUGUCUAAGGAUUGUACUGAUGUCUUUGACAACAGAUGUUCACUUAUUAGUGUCUACUGUUAAAGUUAUUUUUGUCCUUUUUUUAAGGUCUAUUUAUUAAAACUUAACCAAUAAAGCACCUAGUGAGUUGAAAGAGAUGCUUAUACAUGGACUCCCUUGUAAUUUGGAGGAGAAAUACAUUUUUUCAUACCACAUUUGUGUGAAUAAAACAUUUCUAAACAUGAGAGAAGGUUGAGAUGGAUGGGGGUUAAAAGUCUCCCCUAGUGUAGGGAAGGGGAGAAAAAUCGUUACUGGAAUAGAAGUCUACGUGCUGGGGAGGUUAAAACUUUAUUGAAGAAAGUGCUGAGAUAGACUGCUUGGAGUGAAACAGUUUAGGCUCUCUGGAUUUCCACAGUGCUGUAGAGGUAUAUGUUGAAAGCCUAGUUUCAUUAAAAGUAAACUCUGUUAUUUUGUUACUUUUUGUUUUUGGUGCAGGGAGAUGGAAGGGGUGAGAAAAGCCUUCAGAGUUUUGUAUGCUGGAUCAGUGGACUAUAGUUAAUUCUUCCUUAAUGUCAUAUCUUAAUAUAGGUAUUGAAUGCGCCCUAAGUAUUAAGACUCUUCAAAAGUAUCCAGUCCUGCUCUGGUGAUGUAUUACAUAUGGAGGCUUUGUGUUUUUAUGUUUUUAAGAGGAUAAAAAUCCAGAGUAUUAAAUUUUUGAACUGGGCUAACGAAUAAGUGAAGAUUUUUUUUUUUUCUUUUGACAUGAAUCAGUUGCACUUUGGUGGAUACUGAGAGUCCUGCAACUUCAAAUUGGCUUUUGUGAAUUGAAGAAAAAAGUCAUCUUUUUCCUUAUGAGAAAAUAAUGUAGAAAAUAAUGGUUAAAAAGGAUUCACAACCCUAGAGAAUUGAUACUGUCCUGGAUUCCAACUGAAGAUGACUGAUUCUAUAUUAUAUUAAGACCACCUCUUUCUCUCUAGUCUUAAAGCUGUUUCCAGGCAGUGUAUCUAGCUCAGUAUACCAAGAGGUAACCCUUACACUGACUGGAUGUUUCUCUGGGUUGCUUUCACGUAGUGAUUGUCAAAAAAACAAACAAACAUGUCUGGACACAACCUGGAAUCUGGGCUAACCCCUUCACCUACCAGCAUAAUUCCCACCCUAAGUGGAGCACCACGACUGGCCUUGACAGACAUACCUCAUGCCUCUGAUGUGUGAGUGGUCUCCUGGGGAAAUAGCAUGUGGAAACUGAACAGAAGUAUGUGCAGAGGUAUUCAGUACUGAUGGUUGGGUGACACAGUGUGUAAUGGAGCCGCAUGGAGUUAAAUCAGUUAACCUGAAAAUCAUGAAAAUUAUCUGAUCCGUCAGUGUGUAUAUAUGUAGUUUCCCUUCGUGUGCAUCUCCAGUACUGAAUUAAAGAGUUCAAAGUCUGGAAUAUAUAUUGAUUUGUAGGCCUGUUCACCUUUGGGGAUAAGGAAGCUAUAGCACAUUUCACCUACUUUUAGAAGUCUGCAGAUUAAUAGGACAUUUAAAUUAGGUUACAUUUUGCCUUAUGUCAUUUAAAAAAAAAAGCAUGGGGAGCCAACAGGAUGUAAGUGUAUUCUUGCAGGCAUUGCAGAAACAAAACUUAGAGUACUUGAGAAAUUUAAGGGAUAUGCUAUGUUCAUGAAACAAGAUGAGUAGUCAUUUAAGUUCUGUUGGUGAUAAAUGGAGUCUUCUAUAGCCUGUAAGGGACUUGAAAAAUCUGCCUCGCCUUUUACAAAAGUUACAUGCAUAGGAGUCUUCAGCAAAACAGUCUAAACAAUAAAUGGGUAAAAAGCCAUUUGCCUUGUAAUCUAGAGGGUUUUAAUAAAGUGCAGCAGAACAAUCAAAGGUGCAUAAAAAUAUACAUCUGCACUCCUUUCCUGUGCUGAAAGAGGGAUAGAAGGAAAUGCUGAGAGCUCAGUGCUGUAGCAGAGCUACCAAAGUAGUGUUGAGGCUGUGUGGUCUGCCAGCCAGACUCUUCUGCAGCUCUUUUCGGGAGGAGGUGGGAGCCUUGGGGAGAGCGAUGUUAAAUGAUCCUUCUUGUUGAAGAUUGUGUGAUUACAGCAAGGGGUGCUACCAUGCUGAAAGGAGAAAACUAUAAAAGCUGGAUGAAAUUAACCUGGGAAUUCAAAUACCUGUCCCUUCUCAGUGUUUUCGUAAUACUGGCUUCCAACAAUGAGCAACAAGAAGGAAACCUGUUAAGAUUUGCUUUGUGCCCAGAACAGAAAACCAGAUUGAUCAAUCAUCCUUAGGACUGCUGUUGUAACUAUUGGUCUUUGUUACGGCUUCUACCAGACAGUGGUGCUGGUUCACAGUCCCAAACUGACAAGGCACUGCUUUGAAAGAAACACUACUUGAGACUAAAUGGUCCUUACCAUUGCAAUAAGACCAGGUGUGGAAGCAUGACUUUUUGAGGUCUCAAAAACCUGGGUUGCCAAGAAUUUCCUGUUUGUGGGUGCCCUUUUUGGCCUGAUGUCCAAGUCUGCUGGUAUUCAGAGAAAUAACGACAGCUCCUGACCAUGCCACAGUUCAUGAAAGGUGUGCAGCACCUUUCAUAGGGCAGCAAUACCAGUCUGUAUUGGUGAUACCAAGCAUGUGCAGUGUGAACUCAUACAUUGCUUGCUGAGGAAAAGCAUGUGCAGUAUGGCUGUAACCUGUAGAACUGGUGCAUUUUAUCACUGCGUGAGUCUCCCACAUGAUUUGAACUUUGUCAGAACAGUGGUUAGCUGCUUUACCCUCAUUCACCGAGGAGAGAUCUAUCUUGAUGUUACUGAGACUGAGAUUAACAUCUGUUGGCUUCGUGCUCCUCGUUUUCAGUUGGGAAGUUAAUGCAUUACCUUAUUCAGAGAGUUUCAGAAACUAUAACCAUGCAGCUGUUUAUCCCUGAUAGACCAAGUUGUCUGUUCUAGUAUCAGGAUCAUGCUUGCAUUUUGCAAAGAGUUCUCAUACUCCUUAAGUCUGCCAAUAGAUCUGAAAGUGCAGAAGUUACAACAAAGUCUAGGAACAUUGGUACACUUGAAAGCUUUCUAGUCCAUUGUGAUGCUAGUGUAAAAUGACUCUUUCUGCCUAAAAUAGAGUAUGAAGCAUGCUUCUUGGUCAGAUAAGGGAGUUUAGACUAGCGUGCAAUGGAAUCCUGUAGUACUGUUCUAACAAAAGUGACUUCCACACGUACAAACACAAAUCUGCAAGAAAGCGGUAGAUAAUCCAGAAAUACAUUGAUCUGGAAGCCCACAGAUCUCAGCAAUAUGGAACUAGGAGGGAAUGUGUUAAGCAGUGGGAGUGCUGGCAAAGAUGAGUAACCGGGUGAGUUCCAUGUUUUAUGAACAACACCUAGCAAAGUGUACACUUGGUCUUCUGCCCAAAUGAAGUAAGUUUCCAGGUCUGCCUAAUGAAGUAAAAUCACAACUUAUGUGCUGCUUCCAACCCUUGUGCCCUUGGAGCUUACAGUCUUCCCACCUAAUUCAUUUAGGGAUAUCAGAAACAAACUCAGAGGUACUUACCUGUAAACAGAUGGAUUAAGCUCUCAAGACUUGGGGAAAAGACCAAGCAACACACAUUUCCUCAGUGUGAGGUAAGUAUUCUGAAACUUUUCUGGAUGCAUCAUGAAGACAAACCUAAGGUGAUAAUAGCAUUCAUUUUAAUAGAUUUAUGUAGUCGAACUCUGCUACUUCUAAUCUGUGGACAUCCUUUUGAUGGAAUGUUUGAUACCUUUUACCUCACAUGACAAACUGCCAUGUUGCAAUCUGAUUGUCCAGUACUUUGUGUGGGAGGUUUUGUGUUCAUCUGUAGAACCUGCACAACACUGAACGUGUGUUCAAGAUGGGAAGGCCCCCUUUUUUUGAGGUGUGGUCUGCUGUAAUUUUUUUGUCAAAGAUGCUUGUUUUCCCCAUGGGUUGCGACUCAGAUUCCAAGCCUCAAGUUGGAGAGACUACAGCGUAGGUCUUCCUUUGGACUUGAUGGUGUUUUUUUAUGUAGAUAGUAGGAAUCCUGUUUCUGAACUUUAGUAUACCUUUGGAAGGUCACUUUUAAUUAUCUCAAAAUCAAGGAAAUUACUGGACAUUGGCACAGAAAACUUUUUGUGUUCUUGGUCUACCAUAACCAUGCUUUUCCAGAUUUGGAAUUUGUCAUUGCAGGAUGUAUUGAUGUUGUACACUUAACUAUAGUUCCCCAUCCCACCAUUCAGGUAUAAAUAAUUAAAAAUAUUUUAUAACAUUAUUUAGAAUAAAGAUUCUUUAAUAUUAAAAUCUAGUUUUGACUUGAUGAAUUCAAUUAAGUUUUCUAAUAAAUAGACCAUGGAUUCCACUAAACACAGGAGACAUGUAAUGAAGCUGCAGAUGUUUACCAUUUCUCUGAUAGUUCUGACUUUUUUUAUUACAGCUAGCUUUUUUCUGAGCAUGCAAGGCCAAAAAGUGACUGUACUUACUACUAACUUUACAUCUUUAUCCUUGAGGGGGCUGUGAAAUGUUACAAACAAAUCAGGAACCUUCCUCAUUUCUCCAAACUUCAGGAAAUGUUAUUUCUUCACAGCUGCUUAUUUCCCUAGUCUAUGCUUUCUCUUACUGUGUGUGUAUGUCUCUGUAUAGGUACAUAUGCCUAUAUUUACACCUCCAAAAGAUAAAGGGGAAUGUUACUAAUACACAAAAGCUGACAUAUUUUCACAAUUGCAAAGAACAGGUUGGCUAGUAAAAUGCCUUCCUGCAUAGUAUCUGCUACAAAAGAUCAGGAUAUGGAGGAAAAAAAAAAUCACUGUUGCUUGACAGAAUUUCUUUACUCCAUGCAUAUGUUAUACUUACAUUGUUGGUGUGUGUGAAACUAAAAUCUUCCAGGAAAACCUGUCAGUUGAGAGGGGAAGAAACUUUUUUUUGGCUUGAAUGCAUUUUCUGAUGACUGAAAUUGGCUGAGGAUAGUGCAGGUGCUGAACCUGGAGGUACACAACAUACACAAGUUUUCUUCCUUUUUCUCGAAUUCCCUGAACUAUUGGAAAGUUGAGCUUUUUCAUUAGCUGGAGAGCAAUUGUGGAAAGAUGCUCAAGUGUGUCCUGAGUGGUGGGUGCAACUGGAAGAAAUGAAUAGGAGGAGAAUACCUAUUAAGGGAUGUGUUUUUUUAAUACACAUAUAUGUGAUUGGUAACUUGAGUGUUUCUAAAGUGAUGGAUGGUUGGUUGGAAGGACAUUAAGGAGAAAAUUAUAGGUACAUAGAUAGCCCUAGGAAGCUGCUAUUAGAGUUAGGAUACUGAGUGAACAGAGCUGUGGUAUGACGUUGCCACAGCCCUCCUCAUAUUCUUGUGGGGGUGUGUUAUGUAUUCCUUGAUGGAGGCAUUAUGGAAUUGGCGGUAAGAAAGCUAGGACAGCUUAAAUACUUGAUGUAGUGAGAUUCUUUCUCACUAGGGUCUACUUCAGUUGUGUAUAAUUAUUUCCUUAAAAUUUAUCAGUUGUUCAAAGCACUGAGUGCAAUGUCAUACAAAGUGAUAGUAAAAAUGUGAUAAUCUUGAUCCCUCUAUUUGUGAUUUUCCCCCUCCAAUUUAAGAACUUGGUGGUUCCUAUGACCUGAGUCCUUGCCUUGUUCAACUGUUCAACAUCUGCUAAAGGUUUGUAAGUUCCAGCCUUAAGUUGUGCUGUGUGGCUGACUUACCUCUAGGAGCUUUCUUCCGUAGUUGACAACAAAUGUUGAGGUCUGCUCCAGUACCUCAGUACUGGAAUGCUGUGACGCAAAUUGAGCUUACUUCAGGAUGCCUUAGAGACUGAAAUUAGCAAUACGUAUGGUUAUAUGGUUGUAUGCUGGUUAAAUAUCCUGAUAAGGUUGCCAGUUCAUGUUGUCCAGGUUUCAUCAUCUGUGCUGAUUGAAUUCAGCAGGUGACAAUGGCAGGGCUCACAACAGCUGACAAGUUUGGCUGCCUCAGUUGAAUUGGUACAGCUUAAUAAUGGAAAAUAAUGGUUAAAGUAGGUUCUGUGAGGAAACAGAAUAGAGGGAAUUAAUGCGGAUCUAGAUUUCAAGAUAAAAGUUCAAGAUAAAUUUUCAAACUUGGGCAAAACUAUUAGAUAAGAUACCAAUGUAUACAUUGUGCAGAACACUUCCUUUAACGAGUAUGCUUUGAAGGUACUAUUUCCUUUUUGCUGAUUAAUCUGUUGUUAAAUUUCCAUUAAGUAUUUGAAAAUAAGUGAUAAACUUGUUUUUAGUGAUAAAUGUGCAAAAUUGAAGUUGUGUGGAAACUUGUUUGCAUGAACUAGCACACAGGAAUUAUAUCUUCUAUAUACUUCUACCAGGGACUCUGUUUUUUAAUUUAGGUGCCUAAUUGAACUGAGAACUGGAAGAGCUUCUAGGUUAAGUUCAUGCCAUGUCACUAGAGGUAGAAAUAUUUUAAAAUAAAUACCCAACUUUCUUUAGUCAAGUGCAAAGCUUUCUGAAUUUUAAUAGGGUAAGAAUUAUAAUAUUGCCUCUUAAGAAAUGAGGGGAAACUCAGUGGUGACAGAACUUACUUUGCAUGUUGUGUUUUGUAUAAACUGCUCUGGAAUAGAAGUUAGCUAGCUGUUGCCAUGUCUGAACAGUUGGUGGCUCCAAUGCUUUGCAGCUGUCAGUAUGCGUAAUGCCAAAAUAAGCUAAUUCAGUUCUAGCUGUAUAUGUUGAACUAGUUAGAAACUUAGAAUGACAGACUUAGUAAAUAGCCAAACACACCCAGCUUGCACUUUAAGCCAUUAUGUAAGAUCCCUUCUUAAUAUUUAAAUAAGCACUAAGUUCUGCAUUCCUGUCAAACUUGAUAUAAAAUCUAAGAGGCUACCUUGCAAAAUGCCAAUUCAGAAUCAGUAGCAAUGUUCUUGAAACCAGCACAGCUGACAGACCACUCUUAUUCCAUAUUGCAGGAUUGCACAGGCAAGACAGAUGACAGCUAUCCUGACCAAAAGGCAGGCAGGGGAAAAUAGUCAGUUUCCAGGAAAGAGGCAGAGAGGAGCAUGUCUACUAUGUACUCAAUCUUGAAACUGAGAGACAGGCAACUGCUUAUAUACCUAAAAAGGGAAAUGUUUUGUUUUGACUUGAAGUAAAAGGUUUAGAGGGCAGUGGAGUUUGAUAGAGUAAGAUCAUAACUUGAGAAGAGCCCAUGCUAAUGAGCUGUCAUUUUUGUUCAUGUGACUGUACAAACAUUUAUUAAACAGAACUUAAGUGGAGUUGAGAACUUUGUAGAAAGUGUUAGCUCUAGAAAUCUGCAAAAAGGCUUGGAUUAAAAAAUAAAAGUAGAAAUUGGACUAGAAAUUUCCAGGGAUGUGUGUUGCAUUUUUUUUAAAAUCCCCAAAGUCCCUGAAAAUGUAAUUGAAGAGAUAGAAAACUCCUCCCUGAGUUUACAUGUUUUGCUGGAAAAUGAAAAUGUAGAACUAAUUUUUACUUUGUUUAAAAAAAAUAAAUAACUGAAAUAUUUGUAUUACGUUGUCCUGAACUAGUGUAGGUACCUUAUGUUCCUGUUUUCAUUUUUGCCUUGUUUCUCACCUGUUUUUGUAUUACCAUGUUUCCUUCUUUAAACUUCUGUAGCUUGUCGUGGGAACAGCCCUGAUGGACAAAAAUAUGAGGAGAGCAACCUUCAGAUACGGUUUAGCCCUCAGAACUAGAGUGAGGUAGAGAGCAGCCUGAGAAGUUGUAGGCCACUAUGAGUCAAGGUGAGAGUGCAGUCUGUGUAGCUUUUCUGUUUCUGUAGGGUUCAGUGUUACACACGAAUGAGUUCUCUUGGGGCAUUGGCAGCAUGGGGGGCAGCACUGGCUGUAUGCAAACAAAAUUCCUUGCAAAGAUACCUUUUUUUUCUGUCUCCUGGAGGAAAGAAAAGAACAAAAAUAGCCCUGCUGAGCAGAAUUUGCAUGACAGUUUGAAUUGCUCUAUAACAUCAUGGUAUCUUUUGCAAUAUUUCAUCAAACAGUAUAUUCUAGCAAAAUGAUGUGAAAAUAAAUAUUAUUCAACUCGUACCUUCAUUGUUUUGGCUUACAAAAUUAAGAUUUCUGAACUCUUGACUCUUUUUGGUGUAUACAAAGUCAUCCAGGACUUCCACUUAAAGACAAGUCUGGAAUGCAGUUAGAGGUACACUAUUUACAGGAAUCGUGAAGGAGAGCUGCUUUAGCUUUUCCUUUGAGUCUACAGAAACACUUCACAGAUGUUUUUUCCUUUUUUGUCUUAGUAUUUCUAGUAUUUUAAGUUAUCAAGUGUUCAUGAAUUCUGAUGAAGCCUAAGAUUAAACUUAGCUUUGUAUUAUUUUAACACUGCUUUGGAAUGCUAGGUGGAUAACAUCAGGCUAACUUUCUAAAUAUUUACAUGCUGUAAUGUCCAAUUCUUGUUCAUAGAGUGGAUUUGUAAGACCCAAACUAGAUAUUCCUCACUCACAUGCAAUAUUUAGUUUCCAUGAAAUGUAUGUUAAUGCUAUUGACGAGCUAGGAAAUGCAUGCAGUUCAGAGAUCCUUUUCCAGGGUAUGCCUCAAGCUAGUCAGCUCACUAACUGGGAGAGUUUCCAGUUUAUAAAAUACAUUCUUUUCCUAUGCAAGAGGAAGUUCAGUUUCUUAAGAGUGGUGAUAAGGGGUGGUAUGAGAAUUGGUGGUAUGUGUGUAUCUGCAUAACCACGCUGUUUUUGUGUUUGUUUUUGUUUUUUUUUUUUUUAUAAUGAGGAUCUAGGCCUAACUAUUUUCAUACAUGAGGCUAUCUGUUUACAAACUGGAGAACUAAAGGAGAAGUACAACUUAAUAGGUAGUUCAGGAACAGCAGAAAACCUUGUUGUUUUGUGGCUGGUUUUGUUGUCUGAAGCAAUCAAACUGUAACAGACAUUUCUGAUCUCAUACCUCCCAAAAAGUACCCAUACAACUCCCCAAAAGUACCCAUUAACUAGUUAUUAGGGGCAGGUAGACACGCACAUCAUUAUAUGUACAGUGUGGUUUUCAUGAAAUGUAAGGUUGGAAAUUGACUUACAAUGUUUUGGAGUUCCUUACCAAGGUCAUAAAUGCUUUAUGUAGUGGUGUAAAUUGCAUCUUGUUAAAUAUGCAGUGAUUUAUGAAGAGAGCAUGAGAUGUAGUUAGGGAGGCUCAACAGCCCUUCAACAGAAAGUUAUAGCUCUAUUUUGUUUAUUUAUAGUGCAGAAAGAGAUCUGCACCAGAACUUCAAUAUAUGAAAUACUUGAUAAUAAGUCAAAGGAGAUUGGAAUCAAAUACUGACUUCCAGUACCUCAACUUGGUGGACUGAAGUUCUACUCUCACUCAGGCCAGUUGCUGCAACUAUUACAGCACAACUGUUAUAGUAUGUGUUGGGAAAACAAAAUAUAGGUGCAAACACCCUUAUUGAUAUUUGACCACAAAACAUAACAAUUAGAGCAUUUUGGGCUGAACUUCUGGUUAUUGUUUUCACUUAAGUUAUGGAUUCAGGUGGGACCUAGUGAUGAGGUAUAGGUCACUUGCUCAACACUGACAGGGUGUAGUUAUUAACAGCCUGCUUCUAAACAAAAAUGUCUGAGAGCCUUUACUGAUGGAAACUUCAGCCCUUAUUGACUCCUGGCAGUGGUUAGGUUUGUCUAAAUGACAAUUUAAAAUGACUGAACUCUGUAUUUAAUGCCAAUGAAUUGGUCCCCUUUAACUGCCUGGAUUCUUUUGUUCUACAAACAGUAAGCCACACUAUGAAAAAUACGAGAGCUGAGGGAAAAACGCCAAAAAGCAUUGUAGCUCUGUGGGUUGAGUUUUUAUUUAGGACUGAAAUUGCACUCUGCAAAAUAUAUAUAUUUUUUAAAUUUUUGGUGCUGUUUUAAGUAGAAUUAAUAUAACUCUAGUUUGCACUUGUUGAAAGGGGGAAUGCUAAAACUCAUGACAAUAUAAGCACUUAAUUCAGUUGCACGAAGUUUAAGGAUCAAGUAUGUACGUUGUUUAGAUGCAAGCCCUGUGGAUUAUACCUCUAAGAAACAGCUUUUCAUAUUCUUUGCACUUAAAAAAAAAUAAAGAGAAAAAAAUGGGCAUCACCUACAGAGUUGGAAUAAAUGCUUCACCAGUUGCAAGGGCAUAAAGAAUAGUAAAUAGCAGACCUCGUGAAUGAUGCAAAUUACUGUAUGAGCAUUUAUACAUGUGAGCGUUGACUUACCUGCUAAUUAGAAUCAUAGAAUAUGCCAAGUUGGAAGAGACCCAUAAGGAUCAAGUCCAAUUCAUUAGGGUGGUGCCUGGUCCUCUUGUUGAACAAGUAUCUGAUUGCAAAGUCUCCUUGGGCAUCAUUGUUCUGAUGAAGUAAAAGUAAUGCAAACAUCACAUGUGGACUAAAGGAAACAAAUUCACCUCUCUAGGCAUGAUGAGACUUGAAUAUUUUAUUAACUGAUAGGCACAGUUCUCCCUUUGUGACAUGCAGGGAAAGGAAUAGGUGCUUCCUGUGUCUUACGUACUUAGGGGUAACCAAAAUAGCAUGUUAACCUUGUGUAAAUGUUUCAAAGAAGAAUAUUUAAGUAUCAAAUGAAGUGCAUGUUUUUUUCAAUACUGAUGUUGGUAAAUGGUGAUAUUGAAUGCGGACUUUUUUUAUAUUUGGAUCAGAAUGCGGAGCUGUACUUCUAGUUACAUGACACCUACAUUUGUGUGUUGCAUGUGAGUAUUCUGUGUAAGUUGCUGCUUUCCUCUGCUGCAGUCUUCCUUACUGAAUUCCCUCCUAGAGAAACACUGCAGAUGGUCUUGUCUGAUCAUGUUCUUAAUUGGGUGGGCCUGAGUUAAAUAUCGUGAAAGCAAGACGAGUGAUACUAAUCAAAAGGAAACAGAGUAAGAAUGUACAACAGGAGGAUAUCUGAUGAAGUCCCCAUGGGAAUACUAUACCUAUCAGUAAAAAGUACUUUUGAAAGUACAUUGAUGGCUGAGCCAUGCUUGAAGUGUAAAUUAUUAAUUAAAUAAAACCUAUAUGAAAAAAUACGUAUGCAAUUACAUAGGGGAUACAUUUCUCUGUGAAUGCUUGAACUCAUAAAUUACUGUAAAGAACUGAAGCAUGCAUUGCCUACACUUCUAAAACCAUUUUUCCCUUUAAGGGAAGCAGUGAUUUAAAAAAAAAAAAAAAAAAGUUGGGGGAUGAGGCAGGACAAGGCUCCUCCCUGCAUGCUGGCAGGGGGCUGCUGCCUGGAGCGUGACAUGGAGCAGUGUUGCUCGGGGUCUGAGGGCUGCUUUUUGGGGAUCUGGGCCUGGUGGUAUUGUGGGGAGCAGGACAAUGCUGUGAGGAGAUGCACAGGGGCAGGAAAUGGGGACACAAGGGAUGGUCAGGGCAAAAUGUUCCGGGGGAUAUGCAUUGAUCAAUGUUCUGCAAUAAUAGCAGAAGGGUGUUUGUUAUGUGGUUUCCACAAAGGAUGGACCCCAUGGCACAGCCCAUAUUGGAGCAGUUAUUGAAGAGCUCCUGCCUGUGGGAAGCCCGCCUAAGGAUCAGUUUGGGAAGGACGUCAUCCCAUGGGAGGGACCCCACGUGGAGCAGGGGCAGAAAGUGACCAUGAAGGAGCGGCCAAGGUGAAGUGCUGUAGACUGACUGUGCUGCUUGGGGAGAGGAUGUAGAAGAGGUUGGGGAGAGGGGAAGGUGUUUUUUGCUCUUAUUUUCUCACUGCUCUGGUCUGUUAGUGACAGGCAAUAAAUUGUAUUAAUCUUUCUAUAUUUAGUCUGUUUUGUCUGUCACAAUAGUUGGGUGAUCUCCCUGUCCCUAUCUCAACCUUUGAGCCCUUUCCAUCGUAUUUUCUCCCCCAUUCCUCUGAGGAGGGGAAGUGAGAGAGUGAUUGUGGUGGAGUUCAGCUGCCCAGCUGGGUAAAACUACCACAGUGGGUGUGGUAGGGUGUGGGUGUGGUGAUGGUGGGAGAAUAAACUAUGAUGCUCUGUUGUUACCAGCAAUUAUUUCCCCAGCAUUUUGUAUCAGCUGUCUCCAUGUUGAUAACUCAUUGUAAUUGCAAAUAGUAAAACAACAACAACAACAAAAAUCCUGUUAACAUUUUUAUAAAGAUUUUUUUGGUGAAAUUUAAUAACUCAAAAUGAAAAUCCACACUUCGACCUGUAUUUGUAAAUACAUUCUCAAACUUCCAUAAUACUGGUAUGAAUGCUUUCAGUACUACAGUUAAUGGAUCCUUAGAUGAGCUAAAUUUAGAGAUGAGUGUGCAAUUUUACUGGCCUCAUGUAAAUUUAUGGGGUCAUUGGUAGCAGAGUAAGGUAGUGUUACGAAUCCGAAUGGUGCGUAGCUUUUAGUUCUGGUUUACUAGCUUAAUUAGCUCAACCUAAAGUAAGAGGAAAAAAAAACACCUUAGUAACCGUAAAAUAGUUCUGCAUAACUAGAAGAAGAAAAAAGUUGUUCCCUGCUGUUUCUUCAAGGAGCUCCAUCUGAGUGUUAGGAUCUCCCACUCUGUUCAGAACAAAAGGAUAGUGUUGGAAUGAAGAGCUUACAAAGAGCUCUGGUCAGUAGAGCAGAAAUAGAUGCAUGGAGUUGGCCAUAGGGACAUGGUGUGAACAUACUAAUCAAGACAACAGUCCAUGUUCUUAAUGAAGAAAAAACUUCCUUAUGUGCUAUGAUGCAUGUGAAGAUAAUAGUUAUGACUCAGCACCUAGAAAGCCUUGAAGAAUGACUUAAAGGAGAAUGAAAAACCUUAACGGAUGUUUGAACUACUUUCGGAUACAUGAAGCAAAACAGGAGAUAGUAUGAAAGUAUUUUGUCAUUUCAGAAGUUGAAGAUGGAGGCAGGUCUUGUAGUGGGAACAUGUUUUUUAUAUCAUUGGUGAGAUGGGAACAGUAAAGGGAUAUUCGAUCAAAGACUUGCGUUUGACAUGACAAAAGGAAUGUGCAAAAAGGUGUGGAUAAAGCAACGGGUCAGGAAAGUUAUUUCUGUAGCUGCCUUCUGAAAGGAUCCAGUCAGGGAAGGCAGCUCAGCUAAAUAAAGGGUUUCAGUAUUUGCAAACAAGAUGGCAGUGUUAAGAGUGUUAGCUAUGUAGGUAAAUAGGAAACUUAAGUGCUGUAUGCCCAAAAUAAUAAAGUUUCAUUUUAGCUUGAUGAGUUGCACCAGAGGAUUGAGGUAAUGUAGUGGUUUGUUCACGAUGGAAGGAAGGCAAAAUGAGAAUGUGUGGAAGUGUUGGGUUCUUUAGUCAUUCUGAGUGGACAGACAGGUAUCAGUGAGGAGACACCGAUGUACAUGUCAAAGCUUUGGUCAGGAAAAGAGGCAAGACUGUAUGUGCAGCUAAUGCUGAUGUUCACUCUCACCAAGUUCCUAUAUAUCAUCAUGUUGAAAUAAGAAAAUUCCUUUCUUAUACAUAUUGUUACAAAUAUGCAGGAAGUUUGUCCAGAAUAUUUGUUUUAUGAAACUUGUUAGCUAGAAGAUAUGUAUUUUUUUCCUAUAACACAAAGAUCAGGAAAGAUUCAAAACAUAAAACUGGCAGGAAAAAUAAAUUGUCUCUCUUAUUUAAGCUAAAGUUAAUUAUUUCCUUCAUAGUUGUUAUGCUAAAGUAAUUUAGCAAAAAGUUUUUGCUAAACAAAGUUUUGUACUAAAUGAACCUUCAUCUCAAAUGAGGUAGCUAAAGGAUGUAUAUAAAACUUGUUUACGAAAAAACACAAACUUUUUUUUCCCUUAAUCUGUAGAAUUAGUGUGUAGAGGUUUCAAUGAGUUGUGACUGGCAGAAGAUGGGAUCAAUUCACUGUAAAUCCCUCGAGUCCAGGAUCAUUUGUUGCUGUUGGCAAACUAUUGUGCAGUUGUGAUGUAAACAAGAAACUUGCACAUCUUUUUAAAGUAGGAAUACUUUUAUUUCUUAUCCUUCAAGACUUUCCCCUCUCCUCUAAUAAUUUUCAUAGAUUUAUUGUGAAUGCUGUGCAUGUCUUAUGUUAGGUGUUGAAGCUGGUGUUCCACGAUUCCCAGAAUUUCCUCUACAGUCUUCAAGUUGCUGAAUAAGAUCCUUCACUUUCUGUCUUCCACAUCCGAAUUGUUUUCCCCAAUGUUAUUUUUCAAUAUUUAAGAGUAUUCUAUUUUAAGAACUUGUGCUCUAUUGACUGACAAGGUAUUUAUUGUCCAUUAACAGCUUACAGACAAGGCAUUGCAUUUUUCAUUAUUUCUAUUUUGGUCUAAAACUUCUUUGGUCUAAAAAAUCUUUUUAUUUGCAGGGGUACAUCAUGUUCUGCUUUCCCCUCUUUAUCCUCACGAAAGGCCCCAAAUCUCUUUUGCUGCAGUUUGCUUUAUCAAAGGAUUGUAACCUGUUAUCUGUGUUCACUCUUUACAUUAAAUGCCAUGGUUCUGUUUACUAACAGUAGAAGAGCAGUAGAACAAACUAUGUUAAAGGAUGUUUCAAAUAAUAUAUGCUGGAAUUUGCUGACAGAAGAAAACUGCCAAGUCCAUGAGCAUAGGUGGCUGAAAAAAGGAAAUGCUGGUUCUUUCCACUUGUUACAAAUUGUCACUCAGUACAGGGGAUGUCAAUAUAAUGGUUCCCUUCUCUUAUUGCUUUGCUCAGCAGUGAAGUAGUUGAUUUCUAACUGAUGUGUCAAUUUGUUACCCUUAUUUAAAGGGCUGUGUAGAAUAAUUCACAUUCUCCACAUUUAUUUUUUUUCAGUCUUGUGUUGAAAUUGCUGCCACAGUUAAAAGAUUUCAGUGAAAAGAUUUGAGCAAGAGCUAGGAUAGACGGAUGUUGUAAAGUGCUGAAUGAUCACUGGCAGUUUCAAAACUUAGUAAGAAAAUAUUUCCAGCUAAAUGGGGUAAGAUAUAUCAUUAAAGCUUGUGGGCUUCAUAAGGGAAUCUAACUUGAGGGGAUUCUGAAUUUCAGAAGCAAUUUCAGAGAGAACCUGAUGAACCCAAGCUGCCUGCCCAGUUGCUUCGACAGCUACCACCGGACAUUGGCUUCUAAAAUCAGAGAUUUUGCGAACCAGUCCUCUGUCACUUUUGCCUCUGAUUACCGGAAUUUUUGAAGCUACCUUGGAGGCAGCUGAGUUUUUGGAGGCACUCUUCAGGAAAGCGCAAGCCUGGCAUCAGAAGGCGAGCUCACAAAACCCCUCUGCGACCACUGCUGUUGUGCAGUGUCUCUAGAAGCAGGUCGCUUGAGGGCCGUCCUGAAGGCGGAUCCUCGGGGGCUCCCUCCUCACACAGCGCUGCGCUGCCCCUUCCCCUCACGCCCGUGCUGCCGGGGUCUCCUCUUCCCUCAGCGCCGCUCCCCGAGCCCCCAUCCCCUGAGGGGCCACCUCCGGGGACUCCUCCUCGCACUCUGCGGGCGGGGACCGGGGGAGGGUCCCGGUCCACUCCCCGUCCCGUCCCGCCCGCAGGGGGCGACGCUGGCGGCCUCCCCCCGCCGCCUCGGCUGCCGGUGGGGCCAUGGCGGGCAAGGGGCUCGGCCUCGUCGUCCUGCUCCUGCUGGCCGCCCGCGGGGCCGGGGAGCCGCGGGGCUGCGAGGCGGUGCGGAAAGUUUUCCAGCUGCGACAGAUCGGGCCCCUCCGCGGGGUGCCGGACUCGCCGCGGGCAGGGGUUGAUCUCCAGGUUUGUACUUCAAAAAAUCCAACAUGCUGCAACAAAAAGAUGGAAGAAAGAUAUCAGACUGCAGCGAAGCAAGAUAUACAGCAAGUGAUUCAAACAUCAAGUACUACAUUAAAAUUUUUAAUAUCUCGUAAUGCAGCGGCAUUUCAAGAAACCUUUGAAACGCUCAUCAGACUAGCUGAGAAUUACACAAGCACACUUUUCUGCAAUGCAUAUAGGAACAUGGCUGCUGAGGCUGCUACACGCAUUCAGGAGUUUUUCACAGAUGUUGGACUCUUCAUAUUUGGCACAGACAUCAGCACAGAGGAAUUUGUCAACAGAUUUUUUGACAACCUGUUCCCAGUGGUCUACAACCACAUUAUUAACCCUGGUCAGACUGAUAUUUCACUGGAAUACGCGGAGUGCCUCCGAAUGGCUAGAAGAGAUAUCAGGCCCUUUGGUAACAUUCCCAAGAAGGUCAUAGGACAAAUGGGAAGAUCACUGUUACCCAGCCGGACUUUCCUGCAGGCUCUGAAUUUGGGCAUUGAAGUGAUCAAUACAACAGAUCAUCUGCAUUUCUCUAAAGACUGCGGCAGAGCUUUACUGAGAAUGCAGUACUGCCCCCAUUGUCAAGGGCUGACUUUAAGUAAACCCUGUAUGGGCUACUGCCUCAAUGUCAUCCGAGGCUGCUUAGCCUACAUGGCAGAAGUUGAUCUUCAUUGGCAGGCGUACAUUCAGUCCUUGGAGGAGCUCUCAAGCGCCAUGCGUGGGACAUACGACAUUGAGCACGUGCUUCUAAACUUUCAUUCAGUUGUUAAUGAUGCUCUCAUACAAGCUCGUGUACACAGACCUGAAUUAUCUGAGCAGGUGAACAAGGUAUGUGGCCCUCCUGUAAGGAAGCCUGCACAGUCUCCAAGUUGCUCUUUUGAUCAGAACAAAGAUAAUGAAGGGCUGAAGAUGUUCUCAAGAGACAGUGAAGAAACCCUUGCCAACAGAAGAAAAGAAUUUAUCAGCCACCUCCGGCUCUACAGAGCCUUUUACGGCGGACUGGCUGAUCAGCUGUGCGGUAAUGAGUUGGCAGCUGCUGAUGGACUCCCGUGUUGGAAUGGAGAAGAUGUUGUAAGAAGCUAUACUCUUCGCGUGGUUGGCAGUGGAAUCAAAGCUCAGUUUGGGAAUCCAGAAGUAAAAGUGAAAGGAACAGAUCCUGUAAUAAAUCAAAUUAUCGACAAGCUGAAACAUAUAAUUCAGCUAUUGCAGAGCAGAUCAUUUCCUAAAUAUUAUAACUGGGAUCUGCGACAAACAGGCAGUGGUGGAAGUCUGGAUGAAGAAAUCAGUGGAGAUUGUGAUGAUGAAGAUGGUUGUGGAGGAUCAGGAAUUGGAGAAGUAAAAAGAGUAAUGAAAAUUACAGACUGGGUGCCAGACAAGAUGAACCUCAGUGAUGUAAAACGAAUCCAUCAAACCAACGAUGGCAGCACUUUAGACACAACUGGAGUAGGAAGUACAACAAUGGCUGAUUACAUGACAUUUAUGCUGAUGAGUUUGGUAACAUUAUUUCUCAGUCUUUGGUAACUGUUUAGCUCUGUCGUGAUAUAUGUUUCAUUGUCGUCUGCUUAUCCCUAGUCACAAGCCUAGAAUAAAGGAUCUGGUGGAUAAAGUAAUAUUUAUGACAGGUUACAUAACAUCAGCCUCUCUGACUUUAGGCAUAAAUAUUAACAAAGUUGUUUAUAUAAUAUUUUUCCUAUAUUUUUGUAACAUCUGUAUAUUCAUGCAAAAUUAUGUUUUCUUUACCAAUAUUUUGUGUAAAAAAAUAAGUUGACUACCAUGGAAUCAUAGAGUCAUUUAGGUUGGGAAAAACCUCUAAGAUCACCUGGUCCAACCAUCCCCCUACCACCAAUAUUACCCACUAAAAGAGAUUUGUAAAACGAGACCACAAAAUCACAGAUACACAAAACUGUGGAGGGGACCCCUGGAGCUCAUCCAGAGCAACCCUAAGCUCACAGCAGAGUCUACUAGAAAAAGUUGCCCAAGGACAAGUCCAACUGGUAUUUGAAUAUCUCUGACAAUGGAAACUGUACAGCCUCUCUGGGCCACUGUUUCCAUUGCUUGAACAAUCAUAGCACUUUUUUUAAAAAAAAAACAUUUAAUAUUACCUACACUAUGAUUCUAUGCUAUUUCAGUCUGUGCCCAUUGCCUCUUGUCCUGUUACUGGGUACCACCUUCUUUGCAACCUCCAUUCAAAUACUUAUAUACAUUGAUAAGAUCCCCCUGAGGCUUCUCUUCUCCAGCCUGAACAGUCCCAGAUCUCUCAGCCUCCCCAUUGAAUGAAAGAUGUUCCCAUCAUUAAAAAAUCUUCAUGAUUUCAAAAUCUUCAUCAUGUAAAAAUCUCAGUAGACAUCACCUCUUUUGACCUGUGGCAAUGAUUUCCAUAAUUCAGUGCAGGAAGCUGUUGGUUGCUUUUGCUUUCAUGUGACUUUGUUGUGUCAUGUUCAACUUGCUGUCCAGCAGGACUCCAGGUCCUCCUUUACAAAGCUGCUUUCCAGUCAGUCAGCAACAGCAUGCACUGUUGCAUGGAGGUAUUCCUCCCCAGAUGGAGGACUUGGCAUUUCCUUUUGUUGAGCUUUAUGAAGUUUCUGUCAGUCCAUCCCUCCAUCCUGGCAACACCCCUGCAAAUGGCAAUAACAACUAUCUGGUAUAUCAACUGAUCUUUCCAGUUUUGUAUCAUUUGUGAGAACUUGCUGUUGUAUUGCCUAGCUCAUUAAAAAAUUAAAUAGUAUCAACUCCUGGGUAAACCAAGAACAACUUGGUCUCUCCAUGUGGACUCUGUGCUGCAAAUCACAACCCUACAAACAAGUGAUAUCAUCCGAUGAAAGAGUUGCACAGCACUUUAUGAGUUUUGUAUUUAAACUCCUAUCUUCAUCUAAGAGAAUCCUGUAAAACAGAAAAUGUAGAAUUUGUCCUUCUCGCACUAAAAAGAAAAACAAACCACAAACAAACCAGCAAACAAACACAGUGUAAACUCAGAUAGUUUUGGUAGGGAUUACUUUUCACAGCUCAGAAAAACUACAUAUUUAUACUUUGUAUGUAUACACAUACAUACAAAUUAUUGCAUUUUAUCUGUGAACAACAGUGGGGCUUGGAUUCAAUCCUAUGUUAUCUCAAUCUAUACGUCUACAUACAGAUGUUUAUAUAUUUUAUACGUAUCUAUGCUGUCAUUACAGUCAGUGAAAAAGCAAGGUAACAUUUAGUUGUUAAAACACCAGCAAUUAAUGCCAGUUGAGAUGCUGUGAGAAAAUUGCCCAGGUAUCAAGCUGCUGUUACAAAGGGGCUCAAGUCUUUCUAUGAGCAAGAGACCCGAGGCCCUUGUCAACACAGUCAAUGAAGCCCUAUUAUAGCAGACACCUAAGAAAAGAACUCAGCUGCCCAAAAGUGUCUGGCUAGUUCAACCUGAGAUUUCCUCAAGCAUCCAAGGCAUCCUCAUCAGAAUGCAGGACUUAAAAGAAAUUUCAGAGGCUUCCUUAAAAGGAUUCUGCGUGGAGUUGCAGCUGGUGGCUAAAUGACCUAGAGUAUUUCAAAUAGAUCUAGGUAUCUAUGUGUGGGCCAGUGAAUCGUAUGUCAGAUCUCCAUCAUCCACACCUGGACCUUAGCUAACUAGUUGACAUGGUGACACAUGAAUGCAAAUCUGAAUCACAGUCCGAAUUGCAGCUCAGGUUCUUACACUUUAUAACAUGAAGUAAGCUAAAAUGUUGCACAGUACUAAUGGUAUAUUAUAUAUAACUGUUAUAAGAUUUGAUUAUCCUGCAUGACUAAUUCCUAUGUCAUUUUCACAAUAAAUCAUUUAAGAAUA